AUGCACCAAGGAGAGUCAUCAGAGCGUCUACUACUCGACGCAAGUUCGAGAGGCUCGAUGAAACGACGAACCGGUCACGAUUCAGCCCAUGGCUUGACAACAUUGUGUACGACAGAAAAAUCUCAAAAAGUUCAGAACAGGCUGCGACCAAUGAAAAGACUCACUCGCUGUGUAGUUUCUGCCGGUCUUCUAUGGAAGCACUGCACCUGUGCCUUCUGCCUGUUCUGGGAAUACAGAUGGACCGCCGAAGUAUGCAGCUACCUUUUCUCGCUGUUGACCUUCGCGGGGCUUGUGACAACGCUGUUGGUGUAUCAGAAUAAGCCAAUUCCUAAAGGGCCACAACUAGUAUCUAUUAACCCCAUCAUUUCCCUCUUUUCAUUGUUCAUGCGAACUGGGGUCGGUCUGGUGUUGGCAGAAGGUAUUAGUCAAUCCAAAUGGCAAUGGUAUCGCAAACCCCGAAAAUUAAGUGAUAUCGAGUAUUUCGACUUGGCCAGUCGCAGCCCUUGGGGCUCUUUUCUGAUGCUGUGUAAUCUGAAGCCAAGACUGACAUACUGCGUUGCCGCAUUAGGUGCACUGACUACUAUCAUGGCAUCUCUUACUGGUUACUUCUCACAGCAAUUGGUUCAGUUCGAAGCCUGUUUACAGCGCGAUGAUGCUACUGCUGUGACUGUGGCAAAGACCAACAAUUACACUGCGCACGGAGUCUUUCUUGACAACUACACUGCAGAUGAGUUUGGUCCUAUGGUGGCUGCCAUCAACGUCGGCCUUAUUCAACCUGUGGAGGACCUCGCUAACGUGCUAACCAACGGGUGCAUCAGUGGCAACUGCACAUUUCCGUCUACUGAUCGAGCAUCGAUUUCGACGAUAGGCAUCGGUCACGUAUGCGAAGACAUGUCUGACUACAUUCGCCAGAACAACGGAAGCACCAUGUUCGUUGGCAAAAGUAACUCUAGCUCUCUUACCAUAAGAGACAUGGAUAAGACCGUAUUGGUAACGCUAGUCACCGGCGCCACAGACAAUCCCUCGUUCGGGAUGGCAAAUAUUUCAAUGUUGUUCAGACAGCACUGGAAAUUGACGAAGUUUGCAGCUAUUCGAUGCUCUUUAUACCCAACAGUCUUCACUUAUGGCAUCAACAUGACCAACUCGGUCUUGGACGAGCAAGUGGUCGAAAGUGUUCCGAUUCAGCGGCACGGCAUGAGGCUCAGUCCUGGUUCCACUCAAGAUCACAGAGAUAACCACACAUUUACUCACAAGAUGGCCACAACUCACACAUUCCGCAACGGCAGUCGAGAGGUUUGCAUAGGUUCCAGAGAUCCUAGACCGGAGCUUGUCAAGGUUUUUUUACAACGAAGCGACACAUCUUUGGGCCAGCCCCUUAACGAAUCUAUACCCGACGUUGCGUUAUACUAUCCAAGAGAUUGCGUAUGGUCUUUCGGUAUGGGGGCGAGCUCAGGAAUUUUACGGUCUUUGCAGACUAUCUUCCACAAUCAAGAGUUAGUCUGGGGAGGCAGAGGAAAUACGAGUGGGUCUGUUCACCUGCGGGCGUUGUUCCAGCCUGGCAGAAUGAGCAGAGAAGACCUUAACGCGCACUUGCAAGGCAACAUAUCCCUCGACACCGUGGACGACAUAAUGAAAACCAUGACCAGGGCAAUGACGGCAGUUGUGCGCACCAACGGCUACGAGCGCUUUCAAGGACAGGACUGGAAUGCAUAUGGCGACAUGUGGUACAAUACGACAUGUGUGCGCAUACGCUGGGAAUGGAUCAUCUUUCCCAUCAUAAUGAUUGCACUUACGGGGGUUUUCCUUCUUCUUGUGGUCUUUGAGAAUCGCGACGUCAAGAGUGACAGACUCUGGAAGAGUUCGGUGCUUGCAGGGAUGUUCUGCGAGAUCCAUAUACAACAAGGCAUACCAGUCGGAAAAGAAGGGAUGGUUGAAGUUGCUCACUCUACGAGCGUGAGCUUCGAAGAAAAGAGCGAGACUUUGAGGCUGCUUGAGCGAUGA